UGUAGGCCAGGGGGUUGGCGGUGCCGUGUCAUGGAGGCUCAGUCUCAGAGCAGCCAUUGAAGGGGAAGGAACUGCGGGUGUGUGUGUGUGUGUGUGUGUAUGUGUCUGUGUGUGUGUAUGUGUGUGCGCGCGCGUGUGUGUGUGUGCGUGUGAGUGCGCGCGAGUGUGUGGACAAGGAGGUGGGGGCAGUCGAGUUAGAGUCCCAACUCCUUGGACUCCAUUUGCUAUUCUCUUCUUUCUUCCCCACACCUAUCUGGUGGUGGUGGGCGUUUAUAUUUGCUUUUCUUUUCAUUCAUUUACAAAUCUUUUAAAAUUAAGGGUUGGGGGUAGUGGGAAAGGCAGGAAAGGGUAAGGGAAGGGAGUAGCCGCAGAAGAGCAGGAGGAGGACAUGGAGAUGAAGAAGAGGAUUAACCUGGAGUUAAGGAACAGAGCCCCGGAGGAGGUGACAGAAUUAGUCCUUGAUAAUUGCCUAUGUGUCAAUGGGGAAAUUGAGGGCCUGAAUGAUACUUUUAAAAAACUAGAGUUUCUGAGUAUGGCUAAUGUGGAACUAAGUUCACUGGCCCGGCUGCCCAGCUUAAAUAAACUUCGAAAGUUGGAACUCAGUGACAAUAUAAUUUCGGGAGGCUUGGAAGUCCUGGCAGAGAAAUGUCCAAAUCUUACCUACCUCAAUCUGAGUGGAAACAAAAUCAAAGAUCUCAGUACAGUAGAAGCUCUGCAAAAUCUUAAAAAUUUGAAAAGCCUUGACUUGUUUAACUGUGAGAUCACAAACCUGGAGGAUUACAGAGAAAGUAUUUUUGAACUGCUGCAGCAAAUCACUUACCUAGAUGGAUUUGACCAGGAUGAUAACGAGGCACCGGACUCAGAAGAAGAGGACGAUGAGGACGGAGAUGAAGAUGACGAAGACGAAGAGGAAGAUGAAGCUGGUCCACCAGAAGGCUAUGAGGAGGAGGAGGAGGACGAGGAGGAGGAAGAGGAGGAGGAGGAGGAGGAGGCAGGCUCAGAACUGGGAGAGGGAGAAGAGGAAGUGGGCCUCUCCUACUUAAUGAAAGAAGAAAUCCAGGAUGAAGAAGAUGAUGAUGACUAUGUUGAAGAAGGGGAAGAAGAGGAAGAAGAUGAAGAAGAAGGUCUUCGAGGGGAAAAAAGGAAACGAGAUGCUGAAGACGAUGGAGAUGAAGAAGACGACUAGAUCAUUCUAAGACCAGAUUCCCUAAAGUUCCUGGGUGUGCAAUAGAGUGAUCACAUCUUCUUUGUUUCUUCAUGUACCAUAGUGAACCCUACGGAAAAUAACCUGUAACUUUUUAUAGGAAAAGUGUGGUUUUACUAUUUUUGCCUUAUCAUUCCAAAUAAGAUUUACUAGUCUGUUAAUGAUCAUACUGUAUGUAGAGAAAACAUUUUCAUUGACCCUGUUGUGAAAUUCCCUAGCAAUUUAUUUAGAAUCUUCAUUUUUCUCAUUCAAGCUCAUUGUAUUAGUUAUUUUUAGCCCAUAAUUAAAACAUGAUCACUUUUACACAGGCGUAGUUUGGUGCAUUUCAUUCAUAAGGUUUUAAAGUUAUUUAUAGUUAAUGGAAAUCACGAUCAGCUGGAAUAUGAAAUGAAGUCUCUUGAAUGAGAAGUUGGUUAUUUUUUUAGAGGUGACCCAGAGAUCUUUAGUUUGAAGGCAAUGACUUUUUUUCUUUUCUUUUUUUUUUUUUUUGGCUAAGGGUAUUUGGAUGCUUUUUUGUCACUUGAGUAGCUUGGAAAGUAGGAGCAGAAUAGUAAAGGUUCUACUCAACAAUAUAGUUCAUAGCUUUUGUGGAGGCUUCUGAAAACUUUUAAAGUCAGGUGACUAAUACGAUUUUCUUUUUGAAGUUCAGAGAGAUGUGUUCAGAGACAUGCAGGUGAGCCCUUUCUUUUUCAGGCUGAAGAUUACAACAUACUAGUAGGUUGGUUAUUUUGUUUUUAAAUGUGCAUUCUUUAUUUUCCUCCCAGCAAUUCCUUUAUAAUCACUUUCAUUUCUCUUUUCACUCCUCUCCCUCUGUCUCAAAAAAAAGUUGGGAAACUCAUGUGAUACCCAGGAAAACUUUUAGUCUUUUAUACCUCAACCACCUUUUCAGACUGUCUCAGUUUUAAACAAGCUAAGUGAAAGAAAUUGAGUAUUUUCUGAGAUACGAAUAUUAUUACCAGUACAUUUGUAUGCAACAGAUUCUGCUUGCUGUAAAUCAUUUUUGAUUGACAAGAUGUACAGACCGUAUUAUUAGGAUGCAGAAAGAAAAGUAGAGGAGGCUUUCAGAAGCAGAAUUAAUAUUCCUCAAAAGUCAGAACUAUUGCCUGUUGAUAAUUAAUGAGACAUUCAAGUCAAAUUUUCAAGUUAGCUUCCCAAACGAUUUAGAUACCACACUGCAAAGUAUUUCUAAUUUUUCUGAGUAGAACCUUUCAUUAUUCUUAUAGUUUUAAGGUAUUACCAGAUAUAGCUUUUAAUUGGAAUAUACUGGGCAGUUGGAAACAUAUUUGAAACUAAAUCAGUAUUCAAGAUUAAGCUUUAUUUUCAAGUGGAUGUCCAUUAAAAAUC